GGAAUAGGUGAACUCAGGUUGAAGCUAAUAAGUGGCCUAUCCAAUAAUAGGAUAUAUGUUCUCGUGAAGUAUUACUAGUCAGUAUUGAUUUUAGCACUUUAUAGCACGCGCCACACUUUGAAGUUUGAUGCCAAAGACCAAACAUCGGUUUAAUUACUGGAAAUGGUGGAUUAUCCUUUGAGAAACUAUAAGGUGAAUGUUCAAAUAACUGUGUCAACUUGAUGUUAAUUGUGGCAGAACGUUAUGCUGCUUGUGUAUAUAAAGGGGUGAAGAAUCAUGAUUGAAGGUAAAUGACCAUUGUUGUACUUGUAAGGAAUCACAGAAGACAUGACAAAAGAUUCUGAUUUAAUUGAGUUUGGACGCCCUUUGAGAGAGAAGUACUUCUCACACGUUAAUCCUGAAGCUUACUUGAUCAAUAAUGGUGCUUUCGGUUUAGCUCCAUUACCAAUACUUGAAUCAUUACAGAGACAUACUUUACGUGAUUAUUAUUGGCCUGAUGCUUAUAGAAAAUUUGAAUAUCGUGAUGAUUAUGAUGAUUCUGCAAAAGAAGUUGCAAAAGUCUUGAACACAGAUUAUAGAAAUAUUGCACUAGGUUUGAAUGUUACUACAUUGAUCAAUGCUGUUCUAAGAUCUUUCAAAUUUGAAAAAGGUGAUAAAAUUUUGGUUCAAUCAAACACUUAUCCUGCCAUUUUGAAAACGGUUAACUUUGUUGCUAAACAGAAUGAAUUGGAAGUUGUUAAAUUUGAUUUGAACUACCCACUGAGUGAUGAUGAAGUUGUUUCAAAGUAUGAGGAUGAAUUAUCCACAAACAAAAUCAAGAUUGUUUUGAUUGAUACAAUCAGCUCCAAACCUGGUGUCAGAGUCCCAUUUGAACGUUUGAUUAAGCUGGCUAAAGAGUACGAUGCCUUAUCAUUGGUUGAUGCUGCUCAUGGGAUUGGGUUAUUGGAUAUUGACUUGGAUGAAUUGAAGCCGGACUUUUUAGCUACAGAUCUUUACAAGUGGUAUUAUACUCCAAAGAACUCUGCAGCUCUAUACGUUGAUCCUAAGCAUCAUAAAGCUAUCCACUCUUUACCUAUCUCUCAUUUUUACGUGGAUGGUGAUCAAGUCUUGAAAGAAGAGAAGGAACAGACAAGAUUUGCAGAUCAGUUUAAUUUUAUUGGUGCUCAGAUAACUGCUUCGUUGGUCACAGUCAAAGAUGCUAGCAAGUUUAUCGAAGAGAUUGGUGGCUUGCAAAGGGUCAAGGAUUACAACUUCAGAUUAGCUAGAGAAGCAAGUGAAGCAGUAGCAAAGCUUUGGGGAACUGAAAUCUUGGAAAAUGAUGAAAAAUCUUUACUAACUUCAUUGUUCACUGUUGAAUAUCCGGUUAAAGAAGGCGUUCUUAUUAGAGAAGAGGAUUGGGAGAACUUGGAAAAAUACAUGUUGAUUAGACAAACUAUCGAAAAGAAGUUGAUCAAAGAAUACAAGUCUGUUGCUCCAAUUUUUCUACAUAAUGGUAAGAUUUGGAUUAGAUUCAGUGCUCAGAUUUAUUCAGAAUUAAAUGAUUAUAUAGAAGGUGCAAAACUUCUUGAAAAAGGUGUCGAUGAGUUCUUUGCAAGUGAAGAGUACAAGAAGUUGAUUGCUGAUUGAAGGUUUUUCCUGUAUAACACAUAGACAGCUAUGAAACCUUCUUUGAAAGAAGAAUCUGGAAGUGCUUGCAGCGGACCAGUAUGUUGUUUGUUGUUUAAUAAUUUGAUAUUCUAA